AUGUCCUUCCUCCAGACUACCAUCAAAUCCGGCUGGAUCACCGACCUCGUCCUCCCCGCCCCAGUCGGCACGCAGUCCCCCCACGACGUCCUCCAAGCAGGCCACUCGACCGCUUUAGAGAUGUGCACGAACCCAACUUUCAUGGCUCAACUCAACCCGCUCGUGCAAGGUGUCGUCGAACUGCCACCCACGGACCCCAAAGCCGUCGACCACAUGUCCAUGGCACGGACAUUCAACGUCGACGCGGGUCCCACGGAGGGUGCUGACCCCUGGAAACACUACGCAAUCACGGACAAACUCACGCCCCUGCCAGGGUAUACGACCGAUCUGACGUACUAUAGCGCGAUCCGACGCACCCGGGACGGCAUGCAGGCCUUCACGAACGCCGGGUCCGGCGUGACCAUCUACGGGUGUUUUAGCGUGAAAGUUGCGGAGCCCCGGGACGUGUUGGCCCUCGACGCGAGUGACGGGAAGGGGUGGGUCGUGAAUUUCGUGGAGACGAACGAGCUGAAAUGUAAUCUUAUUUUGAGCUACUAUAUCAAGGCGACGACGGACAAGAGUCAUCGCACGGCGCACGCGCGGUUCAAGGAGGUGUGGAGGGAACGGAUGAGGGAGAGGGGGUUUGAUUGCGGGUAA